AUAUAUGGCUCUUCCGUUCGCUCAAGACAAGAACAAGAGCUCUCCUUCUUGCUUGAAACAAUUGCUGUGUCUUAUCAUUCAUGGGCGCCUUGGAUCACCUCUCUGGUUUGUGCAGCUUUACAGAGACAAGGGAAGCCUUCAGGCCAAGGAAAAGGCGGCCACUGCAGACAGUGAACAUCAAGGUGAAGAUGGACUGCGAGGGCUGCGAGAGGAGGGUCAAGAACGCCGUCAAAUCAAUUCGGGGUGUGACGAGCGUGACAGUGAUCCGGAAGAUAAGCAAGGUAACGGUAACAGGGUACGUUGAGCCGCGGAAGGUGCUGGCGCGGGUGAAGAGCACGGGGAAGGGGGCGGAGAUGUGGCCGUAUGUGCCGUACACGGUACCCACCUACCCGUACGUCGGCGGUGCCUACGACAAGAAGGCGCCGGCAGGCAUGGUUCGCAACGUGCCACAGGCCAUGGGCGACGACGCCGCGCCGGAGCUGCAGUACAUGAACAUGUUCAACGACGAGAACGUCAACUCCUGCACCGUCAUGUGAUCUUGUGCUGACGAUCAUCUGCAUCUGCGGAUCCAGACAGCCACCUAGCGACGACAUCCCUGAGCUAGAUAUAUCUCUGUAUAUUUGUUCUCGCUAGGAAAAAUGGUACCAAGGAGCUGAGCUUGUGCUUGUGUACGCUAGCUACCGAUAGACAAAUUUAGUGUUACUACUAUUACUAACUCUAUGAUCUUCUAUACGAGCGUGUUUGGUAGGUUGCAUGCAA